UGCUGCACGUUCUCAACAACUUCCGGUUUCCCAGCUGCUGUCGUAGCUAUCAGCAACUGCAGACGCUUUGUGCUCACCGUCGGCAGUUUCGGGCAGAUUGAUCAGUAGAACCGCUCUGCGGUUUGCUUAUGGCUGCAGGUCUACCGCGGAGGAUCAGCCAGACAACAGCGGUCACAUGAGAAGGAAAGGAAGGCUGCGAUGGAGAAGAGCCACAGUAAGACCAGGCUGAACUAACUGUGUCUGUGCGUCGGCUACUGAAAUAUACAGAAUAUCUGAAGAUGGUUUGAAAUUCCAGUAUAGCUUCGAUUCCUCCCUGCUGAGACUCUGAGGGUGUGAUGGUCAUCUAACCCAGUGCUCGCCUUCUGACUGUCCAUGUCAUCAGAGCCAAUGGACAGUCACCGCCUACUGCGUCUCACUGUAACCCUGCUGGCUUUGCUGAACCCAUGCCUGACCAGGCUGUCUCCCAGAGUCUUCUUUCCAGUGGGUAGCCCAGGUAGACGUCUCACCUGCUUCAGCAGCCAUGACCUCAGUAACACCACAACCCUGCUUCUCAGUGCGGAUGGAGAAAAGCUGUAUGUAGGAGCUCGUGAUGCUGUGUUAGCGCUGGAUGUUGGUCAUAAAGACACUGUCCUCCUGAGGAGCAAGCUGGACUGGAGCCCUUCAGAAAAAGACCUAGAAGAGUGUUCCAUGAAGGGCAAGAAAAUGGCGGACUGUCCCAAUUUCAUCCGAGUUCUGCAGUUCUUAAACAGCACUCACAUGUACGCGUGUGGAACAUUCGCCUUUAGUCCACGCUGCACAUAUAUCAACUCAGAGACGCUCACAAUGAGCCUCAACACUGAUGAAGGGAGAGGUCGCUGCCCUUAUGACCCCUACCAGCGCAACACUGCUAUCAUUGUGGACGGAGAGCUUUACACCGGCACUGUGGCAGACUACAGAGGGAACCGACCAGUCAUCUCCCGACACCUCAGUGAGAGCAGCCGGGUGGACCUUAAAUUGGAUGACACAUUAGGAUGGCUGGAGGGUGUGUGCACUGACUCUCAUCCUGACACAUUUCAAAAUCCAACCUUCAUCAGUUCCAAGUUCAUUCCACAUGAGGAGAAAAUCUACUUUUUCUUCAGUGAAGUGGGCAGAGAGUAUAACUUUGUAGACAAGUUCGUUGUUUCUCGUGUUUCUCAGAUCUGCCUGAGUGACGUCGGAGGUCAGCGCACUCUGCAGAGACGAUGGACCACGUUUGCCAAAGCUCAGCUGUUGUGCCAAGAUGGCAGCGAGCUCCCUUACAAUGUGAUCCAGGAUAUUGACGUGCUUCCACCAGCAGAGGGCGCUUCAGUGGAUGACACACUGUUUUACGGCAUCUUCACCUCUCAGUGGACUGUGAACUCUGGACGGUCAGCGGUGUGUUCCUUCACUCUGACUGAGAUCAAAUCCGUUUUCUCCGGGAACUAUAAAGUCCUGAACAGAGACACGUUACAGUGGAGCGCACGAGUACAAGAGAAGGUGGCAAACCCAGGAGAGUGUGGCCUGCACAAUGCCUCAGAUAACGCUCUGCGCUUUGUCAAAGAAAACUUCCUGGCAGAGGACAGCGUGCGUCCGGCUGGAAGACGCCUGACCUUGGUGUCUCGUGAGCACACCUACAGCCACCUGACAGUUCAGAGAGUCCAGGCUGCCAAUAAAAAGCUCUACACUGUCCUGUUUCUGCUGACAGAGUCUGGUCACUUACACAAAGCAGUGCUGCUCCAACAGGGGCCCUACAUCAUAGAGGAGGUUCAGGUUUUUAAGCCUCCUCAGCCAAUCAGGAGCCUGAAGCUGUCUAUCCCAAAGGGUAUGCUAUAUGUUGGAACAUCAGAGGGGGUGGUGAGGAUUCCAACUGCUAACUGCUCCUACUACUGGACCUGUGCCCAGUGUGUUCUUUCCCGGGAUCCUUUCUGUGGUUGGGAUGCAGCCAGCAGGGCCUGUGUGGAGGUCUCUGUCACCCAGACCGCGCUAAGCCAGGACACAGAUGGAGGAAAUGUUGAAGAAGCCUGUAACAGUGUUUCAUUAACACACAGAACCAAAUUUGGACCAAGUAAGAUGCCCACAGCCUCGUGUCCUGCAGGUGAGCUGGUCUUCGUGUCUCUGAACGACGUGGUGCGGCUGCACUGUCCUGCAGCGUCACAGCUGUCCCACCAGCUGUGGGAGCGUCCAAACAGCCGCCUGUCCUCAGACCUCUACCUCCACUUGCAGGAUGGGAGCCUCAGCUUUGUGGCCACCCCAGCCACCCUGGGCCACUACCUCUGUCUGUCCACAGAGAACGGCUACCGACAGACCAUGGCCAUUUAUCACGUCAAGCAGAAGAGCAGUCCCAUGGCUCAGAGUCCAACCAGCUACACCAGGAGUCACACGCGAGCCCAGCCCACCAGGGAGGGGCCUAAAACAACCGAAUCCAGACCAGCAGAGACAAAACCCUCACUGUCCAUCGGGAACACUCCAGUCACCACCAGGCAACUUGAUAGAAAUGUAACUUUGUGGAUGAAAGAAUAUGAAAAUCUGGAAACAAAAUUUCGUGAUGGGAACCCGCUGCUGUCAGCCCGCUGCCCCAGCUACCUGAAGGAGCUGGUGGUGGUGUCCGUUCUGCUGGUGCUCUGCCUCAGUCUGCUCAUCACAGUCACUCUGUAUGUUCUCAGACAGCAGUGGCGGAGACGGACUGCACCUGGAAUGGGAACUCCAAGCAGGAGCUGUGACCGGAGGACCAGUGAGGAGCAGGAGGCCCUGAGGGAGAAUGAGUUUGGGAGCAAAGCCAAUGGUCAGGCGCCCUCUGGUGGACAUGCCAGUGGCUUGGUUUGUAAUGGGAACCUAACAGACUCUACCCAGAAUUUGCCAAACACUCCCUUCUGAGCAGCAGCCAAAGAGCUUUUUGAGCUGCUACAGAGCAGAGCACCAUGGAGGGAGAACGUUCCAGUAGCAGCGUUCAUUUGGUGAGCGCUGCACAGAACACCAAAUGAACGCUCUGCAAAGUUAGACUUCCUGAGUUUUUUGCAGCCUGAGUGCUGCACAAGUGGCUGCCCCACUUGUGCUUUUUAAAGGGAACUUGACCUUUUACAAUACAAAUGAAUGGUAGUUGGAUCCUAACAAACAAAGCAGAGCUUAGUUUUUAAACCACAUCUGAGAUCUGACUGUUAGCUCAAGUCUAAUGAACCGUGUAAAACCGUUUUAUGAACUGUUAGCAGUUCAACUGUGGGUCAGUAGCCAAAACCCACCUGUCCAGUUAGAAUGCUGCUGAGGUAACAGGGAUGGGAGUUCAGGGGUGGGCAAUCCCGGUCCUCUAGGGCCGGUGUCCUGUAACUCUUAGAUGUCUCCCUGGUCCAACACACUUGAAUCCAACAGCUGAAUCACCUCCUAAGUGCAGUCAAGUUCUCCAGAGUCCUGCUAAUGACUUCAUUAUUUGACUCAGGUGUGUUGAAGUAGAGAUGCAUCUAAAAGUUGCAGAAGACCGGCCCUCCAGGCCUGGAGUUGCCCACCCCUGUGGUAGAUGGAGCUGUUGGGAUCAGACGGUGUUCUGCACCUCACUGAUGUGCCUUGGAUGCAUUUUUAAAGAUGUUCUGGUGGAGUUCUUCUUAUCACUUUAUCUGAUUUUCUUUUCAUCACAUCCUGGACUUUUUUUUAUCUCAUUGAUAUUCCUAAACUCCUGUUCUGAUGACACUGUGCUGUCAUUCCACAUGUUUACCUGCUCAUCAAUAAACCAGCUGCUCUGUCAAA